AAAAAACAAUUACGAAAUAAUUUGCCGACAUAAAGAAGAAAUCAUGCUUAAAAAUUCUUUGCAAAACAGCAAUCCUGGAUCAGAUAAGAAUGCUGAGGAAGACUCUAUAACCAGGCUAUCUAACAAACCUGGUCCUGAUGAUUCAUGGCCUACAUCAUCUAGCCAAGUCUUACAUUUUGGUACCAAGUAUCAAGUUCCAUUAAAGGUUGAAGAAAAAAAGAAGCACAGAGGAAGUGACAUGGAAGUAUCAGAAAACAUACAUGGUGCUGCGGCUGCUGGAUUAAUUCCACAAAGACAGAAUGGAAAAACUGAUAACCAUCAAUUGCCUAUUACAGAAAAUAAACAUUCUGAUAGAAGGAAGGAGCUGAAAUGGAUUGGUUGGAGGGAACUUGGUUUACAUAUGAAGAAGUUAAAGAAAGGUGAAAAUGAAAAAGGGACAUCAAAAGGAUCUGUGAUCACACCAGUGUUGCAGAAGGCAGAUGCCCUAACUGGUGGUCCACUACAAAAGAAUGAUGGCAGCCAUUUCAGUGAAAAGGAUCAGCAUGAAAGCAGACCUGCAAAGAAAAUUUCUAAGAAAAAGAACAAGGUCAAAAAGCAAAUUACCUCUAUGGAUGACCUUGUUGACUUCAUUCAGUCAUCUGAAACAGCUUCAGAGCAUUGUGAGUUGCCUUACUCUAAGAAUUUCAUGUUGCUGAUUGAACAACUUGGCAUGGAUUGUAAAG